CCGAUCUCUGCCCGAUCUCUGCCCGCAGCUCAGCGCCAUGAAGGGCGAACUGGAUGAGGCCGAGCGGCUGCUGCAUCGAGCGCUGCGCCUGGCGCAGCAGGCCGACAACAGGAGGGCCGUCAUCUACACGUACAGCACGAUGGCAAACGUGGCCUUCAUGCAGGGGCGGCUGGACAACGCAGAAAAGCUCUACAAAGCAACGAUGAGCUACUUGCUUGCAGGAGACACGAAGGAGGAUGACAAUGCAAUCCUUGAGAUGUCCCUCAAGCUGGCCAGUAUCUAUGCUGCUCAGAAACAGCACAAAUUAGCCCUGGCUGGCUAUGAGUUCUGCAUCCUUACCUUAGAGGAGAAGAUUGCCAAGCAAAAGGACUUGCCUGAGGAUGUCUUGCCAGCUGAAGAAAAAGCCAACACUCGUCUCUUGCUGGGGAUGAGCCUGGACUCCUAUGCUCGCUAUCUGCUGGAUAUUAACCAGCUCUCAGUGGCCCAAAAAAUGUACGAGAAGGCUCUGCAGAUAUCAAAUGAAGUUCAGGGAGAGACUCAUCCACAGACUGUGGUCCUCAUGAAUGACUUAGCAACUGUUCUGGAUGCUCAAGGGCACUAUGAUGAGGCAUACUCUCAUGUGAAGAGGGCAGCUGAACUGGCAAAGGAGACGCAACACCCUGAGGAGCACAUGGUGCUGAAUAACCUGGCAGCAAUACUGAUGCACAAAAAAGACUUUCUGCAAGCAAAGCAAGUGUAUAAAGAAGCUCUGAAAAAGGCAGAACAGAAGGGAGAUGCUGAUUCUGUCCGGCACAUCCAGGAAGAAUUAGCUGAACUGGCCAAGAGGAGAAAAGGCUCUCAGUGAGUUUGGCCAAAGAGUCCAACAGCAGCAAUGGUGGGUGACUAUAGGCAGUCUGGGACUAGUUUGGUACAAUUCUCCAGAGGAGCAGCAACUAGGAACUUAAGGACAGCUUUAUAAGAAGGGCUGUUAUUGCCUAACUGUUAAGCCCAAAAUAAAGUUCUGAAAUCUUAAUAGUA